UUUCCGUUUCUUUCUUGCAAGGACAUAGAAGUCUACAACAGUCGCAACCUUCUUCUUGACAUUUGAGGUCAACACAGAAAUAUUUAUACAUCCAAACCUUGGUUUUGUUAUGCUAAAGAAACAGAGUCAGGCAACAAGGUCCCAUAUUUGAGGGAAAACUCAAGGCAGUCACAAAUGUCUGAUUAGAUUUAGGACCUGGGCUGGAGAAAUGUACACCUUCUCCUUCCUCCACGCAGCUGUGGUAUGACAAAUGGGAUCAAAGAGGAGACGUGCUCUGAGAUUCUGCUGUUCAGACAAUAAACUAAUGAUUAGCUUUAGACAUUAAUGUAAUGAAACUUUAUGGCAUCAUUAUAUACACUGUGUUCGACUUUGUCACUUGUGGUUCAUGAUAAAUUGUGUUAAUGAUAGACUACAGUGCAGAUAAGUAGACCUUAGGAGGAUGGAACAUAAUCAACUUCCUGCACAUAACUUCCUUGUUCUACCUUCAUAUAAUGAAAUCAGCCCACUUUGUUUUGAAAAUGGCGAAGCUAAGUGAAGGAGUGUGAUCUCGUUUUUAUCUUGUCAUGGUAAUAAAACCAAAGAAGAAAUGGAAAAAGAGAUGAUACACCUCAUCAUCCUGAUGGCCAUGUCAGGUUUGACCAAAGCAGCUGGUGUGCUGCCAGACGGUCCUCUGAACGUAGCUGUGGGAGAGACAGUGAUGUUCAACACAACUCUGACUCCACCACAAACACCAUUUCUAACAGUGAGGUGGGAAUUUGGUGAGAAGAAUAUAUUCUAUUACAAUGUCAAUGAUGGCAGCAUCACUGAUCCGGAGUACGAGGGCAGGAUCACUAUCUUCAUACCUACUGCAUCUCUGGAGCUCAGGAACGUGACUCCUAAGGACAGUGGACAGUACAGAGUUACCAUUGUUCAAGGGGAUGGACAAAUACUGGAUGGGAUCACAAAACUGGACGUACAUGUUCCAGUUUCUGGUGUCACGGCAACAGCCAGCAGCAGGGACUUGGUGGAGGACACCUCUGUCCUUCUGUCCUGCUCCUCCUCUGGAUCCUCUCUGUCUUUCCUCUGGCUCAACGGCAGCUCUGAGCUUACAGCCGGUGACAGAGUUCAGCUCACUGACGGAGGCGCAACUGUCACAAUUAAUGUGACGCGCUACGACCAGGGAACGUUCAGGUGUCGUGUGUCCAACCCUGUCAGUGAAGCCAUGAGUGUUCCAAUAAACCUCUCCAUCAGCUUUGGCCCAGAAGACAUUAGUUUGACAACAUCUCCGUCACGUGACCACUAUGAUGAAGGGUCAGAAAUAAAGCUGAUGUGCUCAGUUGAGUCCAGACCUGCUGCCCAACUUACGUGGUUUCUAAAUGGAGACAUGAUGCCUGGUACUGGACCAGAGCUCAGUCUGGUGAAUGUUAAGGAGAGCCAGAGUGGGAACUACCACUGUGAAGCCUUCAACAUGAAAACUAAGAGAAGGAUACAAUCUCAGCCUGCAGCCAUCUCUGUACUGAUUCCAGUUUCUGGUGUCACGGCAACAGCCAGCAGCAGGGACUUGGUGGAGGACACCUCUGUCCUUCUGUCCUGCUCCUCCUCUGGAUCCUCUCUGUCUUUCCUCUGGCUCAACGGCAGCUCUGAGCUUACAGCCGGUGACAGAGUUCAGCUCACUGACGGAGGCGCAAAUGUCACAAUUAAUGUGACGCGCUACGACCAGGGAACGUUCUGGUGUCGUGUGUCCAACCCUGUCAGUGAAGCCAUGAGUGUUCCAAUAAACCUCUCCAUCAGCUUUGGCCCAGAAGAUAUUAGUUUUACAAUAUCUCCGUCACGUGACCACUAUGAUGAAGGGUCAGAAAUAAAGCUGAUGUGCUCAGCUGAGUCCAGACCUGCUGCCCAACUUACGUGGUUUCUAAUUGGAGUUAUGGUGACUGGUACUGAACCAGAGCUCAGUCUGGUGAAUGUUAAGGAGAGCCAGAGUGGGAACUACCACUGUGGAGCCUUCAACAUGAAAACUAAUACAUCGAUACAAUCUCAGCCUGCAGCCAUCACUGUACUGAAGAGAAUAUCAGGUGCUUCUAUCACAUGGGGACCAAACCUGUCGAUUGAAGGGAACUCUUUCAACUUGUCAUGUGACGCUGCUGGCUCGGUGUUCACCAGAGAGUGGAAGAAGGAUGGAGUAAAGCUGACUCCAGAUGACCACCUGUCCCUUCAGGAGAACAACAGAGUUCUGUCUAUCAACAGUCUCAGCAGAAAAGACACCGGAGUUUAUUUGUGUAACGUCAUCAACCCCGUGAGCCAAGAAGAAGCUGAAUACAGGAUGGUUGUUUUCUAUGGACCAGAAAAUGUUCAAAUCCAUGGUCCAAGUGACAUUAGUUUGAAAACAACCUUAACAUUAACUUGCUCUGCUGAGUCCGUACCUGCUCUUUACACCUGGAUGCUGAACUCCACAAAGAUACACAAUUCUGCUGUUUAUACCAAAAUCAACACUGAACCUUCUGAUAGCGGCUUCUACACCUGUGAAGUGAUGAAUAAUAAACUACAGUCCAAAGACAUGCAGGAUUGGUUAAUUAGUGACUUGCAGGCGUGUGAAUGUGAGAGUGAAGGGUUGUCUGUCUCUAUGUCAGCCCUGCUAUGCACUGGUAACCAGUCCUGGGUGUUCCCCGUCUCGUGGUAG